AACUAAUAUUAAACAAACAAUUACUGAGGUUAAGUAAAAAGAUAUAAAAUCACAGAGUUAUUUGUAGUGUGGAUUGGAAUUAAUAGAAUGGAUAGAAUACAGGAUGCUUUAACAACAUUUAAAGAUGAAUGUAAAGAUUUUUUACAUUUUAAUCUUGAAGUGCCUGUUAUUGAAUACAAUUCGAAUGAUCCAGACUGGCCGUUAAUGUUUAACAGAGAUUAUGUAUCAAAGAAUAUUCCCGUAAAGAUAAAACAUGGCUACGAUUCAAUGGGAGCGUUAAAUAAAUGGAAUAUUGAGUAUUUAUUAGAAAAACUAUCAAAGAAAGAAGUUAUUGUUGCUGUUACACCAAACGGAUAUGCAGAUGGACUUUUAAACAUAAAAACAAGCAAUAAAAUUGAAAAACAACAAGAUGAUGAUGUAUUCGUGCUACCUGAAGAAGUAAAAAUGUCUUUUGAAGAAUUUAUCGAAAACAUUCAACAUCCAAAGCCAAAUUACGUUUGUUACAUACAAAGACAAGAUUCUAAUUUCACUGAAGAUUUUCCUGAGCUGCGCAACGAUGUAGAACAAAUAAUUUGGGCUCAAAAAGCAUUUGGUAAACAACCCGACGCUAUAAACUUCUGGAUGGGGGAUUCACGCGCGAUAACAAGCAUGCAUAAAGAUUUCUAUGAAAACAUUUACUGCGUCAUAAGCGGGCAUAAAGAUUUCAUUUUGAUACCGCCGACUGAUUUGCCACAUUUGACCUACAAAAACUUCAAAGUUGCAAAGUAUAAAAAUGUAUCAACAAGUGAUUAUGACCUGGAACUACAAAAAGAUGAAGAAAAUAAGGUGAAUGAAGUGCCAUGGUUGGUGAAUGAUCCAUUGACUGAUAAGUUGGACAAUGCAAAUUUAUAUCAUGUUAGGGUUGAAAAGGGCGAAUGUUUGUAUUUACCAAGUUUGUGGUUUCAUCAUGUACGACAGAGUCAUGGCUGCAUUGCUGUAAAUUACUGGUAUGAUAUGGAAUUCGACGUUAAAUGGUGUUAUUAUAAACUAUUAGAAAAAUUAUGUAAAAUGGAAAAUGCUUAUGCAACCAAAUAUACACGAUGAAAAUAUAUAGUGGGGUUGGGG